AUGCCCCAGGAAGAGAACGUCAGGGUGGCGGUCCGGGUCAGGCCAUUCACCGAGCGUGAGCAACAACGAGGUCUACGAUGCCUGGUGCACAUGCGCGAUCGAGAAACCAAGCUCCGGGUACCAAACUCCGGAAGCCACGGGGUUUCUUCGUCCGAGGCGAAGAGCUUUCACUUCGACCACUGCUUCUGGUCUCACGACGGAUUCCUGAAACUCGACGAUGGAUACUGCGCUCCAGAUCCAGAGCACGAGAGGGGCAGCGUCUAUGCAGACCAGGAGCGUGUGUACAAAGAGAUCGGUCAAGACGUGGUGCAGAGUGCAUGGCAAGGCUACAAUGCCGCCUUGAUGGCCUACGGCCAGUCCGGGUCCGGAAAGUCCUACUCGAUCAUCGGCUACGGGGCGAAUAUAGGAAUUGUGCCUCGCCUUUGCGAAGACCUCUUUCAAGAGAUCGAGCAGAAGAGAAGCCUCUCCAAGCACGCUCAAUUCGAGGUCGAACUGAGCAUGUUGGAGAUCUACAACGAGGCUGUGCGCGACCUUCUCACGACCAAAGAAGGAAACAGAAAGGGCCUCAAAGUUCGCGAGCAUCCGAAAAAGGGAUUCUUUGCCGAGGGCCUCACCAGGUGCCUCGUAACCAGCUUUCGAGAUGUCCAGGAGAGGGUAGAAGAAGGUACGACCAAUCGCAGUAUAGCCUGCACCAACAGCAAUGCUACAAGCAGUCGAGCACAUACGAUCGUCACGUUGACGCUGGUACAGAAAGGAAAGACGUCACCAGGGCCCGAGACCACCAAGACGUCUGUGGUACAUCUAGUGGACUUAGCAGGAAGCGAGCGCCAGUCCAGCGCUGCAACGACGGGUGACCGUCUCCGGGAAGGCAUCUCCAUCAACCAGUCACUGUCCUGUCUCGGAAACUGCAUUCAUGCGUUAGCGGAAAAAGCCAACGGAAAGAGUCUUAAAGUGCCUUAUAGAGAGUCCACACUGACAAGGUUGCUCAUGAACGCCCUAGGAGGAAACAGUAAAACAAUCAUGCUGGCAAGCAUCAGUCCGGCUGACAUCCAUUACGAAGAAACGCUUUCCACACUUCGUUACGCGGAGCGCACAAAAGAAAUCAGAAACCUGGUUCGGGUAAACGAAGACCCCACGGACAAGCUGGUCCGUGACCUACGUCAGGAAAAUGAAGCCUUACGCAAGAAGCUAGCCCGCGGAAGUGCCGACAGUGUUCUCAGAGCCGGUCUUACGGACAGCGAAGUGAGCCAGCUGAAACAGAAGUGGGAAGACGAGAUGAAAGCAGUGAUCAAGGAGAACGACAUUCAGAUGACUCUCAUGCGGCAGUCCUACGAAGAGAAGCUCAAGAACGCAACAAGGAAGCAGAGCGCCGAGCGGUUGAUCGUCGAGGAAGAAAAGAAGGCGCUGCCCCACCUGACCAACGUGAACAUGGACCCGCUGCUUUCGGGCAGGAUAGUGCACGUGCUUCAGAAAGGCGUCGCUACCGUCGGCAAGGCAGACGCUGAUAUUACGCUUCUCGGCGUAGGGAUUCAAAACAAACACGCCAUACUAAAAAGAAACGACACCGAAGUGACUCUGGACAGGGCCAGCACAGAAGCACGGAUUCUGGUCAACGGCGACCCUGUCACCUCUUCCGUUGCGUUGCAUCACAACGACAGGAUAGUGUUUGGCCAGACCCAGUUGUACGUGUUCGUGAACCCGAGACAGGCCGACAGGCACGACACGACCAAGUAUCCGGAUGUCACCUACGAAUCAGCGCAGGAGGAGAUUGCAUCCAAGGCUGGGAUCAAAUUCAACGAGGAUGACUCCAUCGAGACGGCGUUGCUCAAUCGGGAUCUGGUGGAAGUGUUGCCGCGGAUCGAGGAAGCAAACGCCAUGAGCGAGGAGCUGGACAGAGGCGUCCACUUCGAGGUUCUGCUCGUUGCUCCUCAACUACUCGGGAAACAACUCGGUCGCACUGAGGUGUUCGUCAAAGUAAGAAAUUCAAGAAACGGCCAAGAAUUCGACUGGACCAAGGAAAAAUUCCUGAACCGCGCAUUUGCCAUGAAGGAGAUGUACCAGAACUACGCGUGCGGCGAAAGCUGGGAAGUGGAAGAGGAGAGGGACCCUUUUCUUGAAGAUCCCUACUCUGAAGUACGGAUAGGCACGGUUCAAGUCUAUUUGCAACCCCUGGCGUACAUAGUAGAGCUGAAAGAACAGCUGGAGAUUGUAAACUUCAAAGGGGAAGAAGCUGGAAUACUCAAUGUGGAGAUGGUUCCCUGCUCAGAGACGGGACGUGAGUACAGCGAAGAGGACAACGUCUUUCUCGACAGUCCCGGAGAUCUCGUGGGGCGAGACCUGCACUUCGUCGUGCGCAUCGUGCACUGCCGAGCAAUCCCGGAAAGGUUCACGGAUAUUAGGUGCAAGUAUCGAAUGUUCCAAGACCAAGAGGACACCGUGACUGAAGCCGUGUCUGGAACAUCGGAUCCAGACUUCAAUCAUCAAAGAACAUUUUCCUACAAACCAGCUACAGCCGAGUUGGUGGAGCACCUGUCGGACUCGUACGUGGCCAUCUCGGUCUGGGGCGUCCAGGUGUCAAGGGCGUCGGCGACGGGACCACGGGCCAAAGGAAGGAUGCUCAAGCGCAACUUUCAAGAGGACAUGGUCAACCAGACCAACGCCCUGAUGAACGGAUUUCGUAUGAACGGUCGGAAUGUCGACCCAAACAAGCAAAGCAUCAUUGUGGAGCUUCUGCUUAUGAAGAAGCAACAAACCCGCCAAAACCAAAAACUGGAAAACCUCCGGCGCCUGGUCGAGUCCGCCGAAUCGCAGCAACAGAAACGUGUGCCGGUCAGCAUAGUCAAAGACCUCCUCCUAGUGUCAUCUGCCGAGGCAGCAGAGCAACUCCUCUCUCGACUCGAAGGUGAAAUUACCAGUACUUCUUGA